AUGUCCCACCAACACACACUCAAACUAUUUAACCUGCUCCCAGUAGGAUCAAAUAUCUCAACCUGAUGAAACUUUGGAUCAAUACUACUUACUUGCUUAAUAAUCCAAACUGUAACUGGGUUCUUCCUAGCAAUCCACUACACAGCCAAUAUUACCCUGGCCUUCUCAUCCAUCACCCACAUCUCCCGAGACGUUCCUUACGGCUGAAUCAUACAAAACACACACGCCAUCGGCGCAUCCCUAUUUUUUAUUUGCAUCUACACCCACAUUGCACGAGGAGUCUACUACGGAUCGUACCUCAAUAAAGAAGUAUGACUAUCAGGCACCACCCUCUUAAUCAUCCUAAUGGCCACUGCUUUCUUUGGCUACGUACUACCAUGAGGACAGAUAUCAUUCUGAGCAGCAACCGUAAUCACAAAUCUCCUAACCGCUGUCCCCUAUCUAGGAACAACCCUAACUACCUGAUUAUGGGGAGGCUUUGCAAUUAGUGACCCCACACUAACCCGAUUCUUUGCUCUCCAUUUCAUCCUCCCAUUCGCCAUUAUUUCAAUAUCUUCAAUCCACAUUCUACUCCUUCAUAAUGAGGGCUCCAGUAACCCCCUGGGGACAAACUCAGACAUCGACAAAAUCCCAUUUCACCCCUACCACUCCUACAAAGACACCCUUAUACUAACAACAAUAAUCACCCUACUAUUUAUCAUCCUUUCAUUCUACCCCAAUAUCUUAAACGAUCCAGAAAACUUCUCAAAAGCCAACCCCAUAACUACCCCCCAACACAUCAAACCUGAAUGAUACUUCUUAUUUGCCUACGGAAUUCUUCGAUCAAUCCCAAAUAAACUCGGCGGAGCCCUCGCCUUAGUCUUAUCCAUCACCAUCCUAUUCACAAUACCCUACACCCACACCGCCCACACUCGAUCUAUAAUAUUCCGACCCUUCAUACAACUCACAUUUUGAUCUUUUAUUACCACAUUCACUAUUAUCACUUGAGCCGCCACCAAACCAGUAGAACCGCCAUUCACAGAAAUCGGACAGCUAGCCUCAAUUCUAUACUUCAUAUUCUUUGUAGCCAAUCCAAUACUGGGCCUAACAGAAAACAAAAUCUCAAAUCUUACCU